AACCUUAAGACAAUUAUUCUGGAACGCCUCAUCAAGAAAUUAGGACCAAAUGCCUUUCCAUUCUUCUUUGAGCUUCCCCCACACUGCCCAGCAUCAGUUACACUGCAACCAGCACCUGGGGAUAUGGGCAAACCCUGUGGGGUGGAUUAUGAACUGAAGGCAUAUGUUGGGGACUCUGUGGAUGACAAACCCCAUAAAAGGAAUUCGGUGCGACUGGCAAUCCGGAAAGUGAUGUAUGCCCCCAUGAAGCAGGGAGACCAACCUAGUGUGGAGGUUAGCAAGGAGUUUAUGAUGUCCCCAAACAAACUACAUCUUGAAGCUUCUUUAGACAAAGAGUUAUAUUAUCAUGGAGAAACAGUAGCCGUUAAUGUCCAUAUACAGAAUAAUUCUAAUAAGAGCGUCAAGAAAAUUAAAGUAUCAGUUCGACAGUUUGCAGACAUCUGCCUAUUUUCAACAGCUCAGUAUAAAUGUACCGUGGCUGAAACAGAGAGCGAGGACGGGUGUCCUGUAUUGCCGGGCUUUACCCUCUCUAAAGUGCUGCACCUCACGCCCCUGCUUCUUAACAACAAGGACAAACGUGGUCUGGCUCUAGAUGGCCAACUGAAGCACGAGGACACCAACCUAGCGUCCUCAUCAAUUAUCACCGAUUCUUGUCAGAAAGAAAAUCUGGGUAUUAUAGUGCAGUACAAGGUGAAAGUGAAGCUCAUCCUUGGUCCACUUGUAGGUGACCUAGUAGCAGAACUUCCAUUUACGCUGAUGCACCCAAAACCAGAGGAAGAACCGGAAAGCAAUAAGACAACGGCACCAGCUACAUCAUCUCCAACGCAAGACUCUGAAUCAACUCCACCAGUGGAUGCAAAUCUCAUUGAGCUUGACACGAGUGCCUCCAAAGGCACAGCAAGUUUGGAGCUAAGUCUUCCUGUAGGAGUUGAUGGGUUCUUCAGGAUCCAGUCAUUGCUUGAUCCUGUCAAGGCCAAGUUGGAGCAGCUGGUAGACAGACUUAGGGCUGGUAGUGCCAGAACUGAGAACACACACACUCCAGUUAUAAAGAAUCCUCAUGCUCCUGGUAGCAUGCCACAUACAAGCAUCCCUUCCAGGCCCAACAUACCUGAAGCUGGUUGCAUGAUAGUAGAUUUAAUAAAUCUAAAUAAACAGGAAGAUGAUUUUAUUAGGGAUGGAACCACAUGCUAUGCUGACCAGGACGAUGAUAUUAUCUUUGAAGAUUUUGCUCGUCUCCGACUGAAAGGUGAAACCGAGGCAUAGCAUGGUUUAUUAUAUGCAGAUUUAUGAGUCUGUGAAUUGGAAUUAUUUGGAAUAAUACUGAAGAAACUAAUUGAAGAUAUAAUUAGAAAAGAAUAAUGCAGCAUUGACUGCAAAAGUGAGUAUAUUAAAUGUGUCAAUCCUGAAAAGCUGCCUCAACAUUUCUUAUUAGAGGGAUACACACUGCAAUCCACUGCUAUUCUGUAGGUAUCAAAAUUGUCAUUGCCUACAUGUGCUUCAUGUUUUAGCUUAAACCCUUUAAAAAUGAUACUGUGCUUUUUUUUUUUUUUUUUUUUUUUUUUAUUUGUUCACUUGCUGUAUAUGAAAUGUAUCCCUACAACAGGACAAUACUUUAUAGAUUUUAGUCUUUGUCCUAGAUUUUAGUGGCUUGAUCAAGAGCAUAAUCAAAGCUUGUAUAAGAGGUGUCAAUCAAUGCUUUGGAAAAAGUUAAUAAUUUUUUACAAUUGUGUAAGAGGAUUAGUCACGUCUUGAAGCUCUUGCUCUCUGGCAGUGAAGGUUUAUAAAAUUGAUUUUGUCCUAGGUGAUGAACAUACCACCACUUGGCUAGAUUUGAUAAGAAGUGCUACCUUUUUCCACUGAGGUACCUUUUUAAAAAAAUCCAUUGUAUAAUUUACACUGGUGGUGUCAAAUAUUUUGAAAGUUUUGUCUUUUUUUUCACAUUUGUGGCCAGUAUUUUCAAUAUGAAGUGCUAUUUCUAAGCAAAUAUUUAGAUUUUCAUGCCUCUGUAAAAAUUUUUCAUUGUCAUUUUGAGGUAUGUACUGUAUAAAGCUGCCAAAAUGUGUGAAAAACCUAUUAACAUUGUCAAAACUAACUCAAGGAAGGAAAACAAUCCCAGCACAUUUUGUCCCCAAAAUAACCGAUAUAUUGUGGGCAUGUUAUGGCUCGAGAGUGUGUGUGUGUGUGUGUGCAAGCUGUCCCUAUUAUAAGAGUCAAAAUACAAGACUUCAUUAAACAUCCAUGCCUUGGUAGCACAAGACUUAAUUCUGUACAUGUAACUAUGUAAUUCUAUAGCACAGACACCUCACUGGGUAAUGUGCCAGUCUUAUGAAUGUUGGCAUUCAAGAUAAGCAUCACAUGCCAGGGAGAAUGCUGGUGUGCAUUGUUUAUGCUAUAUUGGUUAUAUUCUGGCUAUUCCAGUCAUGAUCACUGCAAUGUUUAAUACUGUAUGUUUUAAUAUACUGUGCAAUUUGACCAUAUUUAAUGUAACAUGCAUGACUAAUUAAAGCACUAUUGUGUAUUGCUUGGAAAUGCUUUGAGUAAAUUGAAUUUGUGUUCUUUCCCCCUCUAAAAUUAUUGAGGUUGUGUUGAUAUUUCAGUCACAUGCCUUGGAUAAUGAAGGUAUUUGUUUAAUGCUUGUUUAGAGCUUACCAGUAAACAAAAUUGAGAAAUAUCAAAUUUAUUUUUUUUGCCAAUGAUUAGAGAUACAGUAAUUUAUUUGGUUACCUAGUCAGCCAAUAUAAAUUUGCAGUUAAUCUGCUGCAAUUAAGAAAGCUAUCUGUACCUCAGAUUGCUUACAUAUAUUUUUAAUGCUAAAACUUUAACUUAAAAUGCUCUAGGAGCUGGGUAUUCAAAGUUCCUUCUGUGUUUGUUAAUUACAUAUUUAAACAAGUCAUCUGACUUGCUGGGAAAGUUACCAUUUUUUUUUUAUGAAAAUAAAUGCCAGAGACGACAAUAGUGAAUUGACUAGCAGGGAUAAAGUAGAAGUCAGUAUGUUAUUUAGAAUUCAGCAUUUUCAUUUCUUUUGAAGCUAAUGUCUAUAAGAAGUAAAACAGUAGAAUUGCUGAAAGUUAUUUUUUUACCAUGUGGAAUUUCUGUUGUCAGAUAAAAAUGAUUCAACAUGUAAUAUUUAAGGCAUUUCGGUCAUUCAUGUAUUAGAUGUAGGAUUGUGCACAAAUUUAGGCCUAGCAUUUUUUAAGAACUUGUUGCUUAUAACAUUGGCCCUUGAAUUAUAACCACUAAUUUAUUUUUGUAAUUACAAUUUAUCUUAGAAAUCAUUUUGUAUAUAGGUUUGUAAACUUUUUCUUUCUCCCCCUUAAUUAAAUUAUUAAAAAGCACUAAACCACAAGGGCCCCCUAAUUAAAAGGAUGUGUUAAAAAUAUGAUAUCCGAUUAUUAUUAUUAUAAUCAAAAAAGAAGCGCUAUACAGUGCUGCAGGGCAGGAAGGAAGCGAGGGCAUCAGGUGGCAAAAGGGAGAUGGAUGAGUAAUAGGUUACGGAUAACAGCGGGGCAGUGGAUGGUGAAAGGGUAAAGGGCAGCAAGAGACUGAACUAGAAAGGGCUGAGGGGAGUGCAAAAAGUAUCAUCAGAGUUUGUGGAGUAAAUCAGUCAUUGUCAAGAAGUCAAUGAGAGAGUCAGGAUUAAAGGAGGGUCCAUCAGCAAGAAGGGAAGGUAGAGAGAGAGUAGUAGAACGAAGACGACGUUGGAAUCCGAAUAUUGACCCGUUGUAGCAGAGAAAAAGGGAAAAAUUUUAAUGUUAAAUUCUCCAAGCUCUUCCAUUUGUAUCAAGAGAAUAUGCAGCCUAUCCAGUCUUCAAGCUCUAUUAUUAUUUAUCAUCAUCAUGAGUAAGCAUGAACUUGUAGAGCUCAUGCAGCACCCCCUCAACUUCAAAGAAAUUUGAUUCUUAAAUUUUCUACUGCAGUUUGUUUGCAUUAGGUGAAUCAUAUUUGUUGUAACCUGCACAUUUACCUGUGGGUGUGCUCUUACAAAAGCUGAAUGCCAGUACUGGAUUCUCAACUCAUCCAUUUCAGUAUUUUUUUUUUUUUUUUGAGACUAGGUUCAGCAGAGUGAGUGACACUAUGUGAAGACAUUUAAGGUUCAAGCUUCAAGUCUUCUUGGUGGUUCCCCAUUUUCUGUUCAUACAUUAAUUCAUUUGUGUGUUAAUGUAUAGUACAAUUGGUUGAAUUUGGUUAUUAACCUAACUAGAGUAAUUAGUAAUUGUUCAAGCUUAAACAUAUACUAUAAAGACCAACAUUUGUUAAGUAGUCAGGUUGAAAUGCUUGGCAGUUAUCUUCUUGCUAUUAUACCAAGUUGAUAUUAAAGUAAAUAAAAAAAAAAAAAAACGGUGCAGUGCUGUUCAGAGACUUGUGACAAUGCUUCGGUCUGCCUUGGAUCAUUAACUAGUUGUCUUCUACGUGCAGGUUAUUUUUGACGUUAAAAUACCUUUCAGUAUUCCAGUAUUAAUACUGUUGAAAUAUUUAAAACCUAUUCCUUAAGUAUAUAAUAAAAAUGAGAAGAUAGCAUAACUAAUUUUGUUAUGGUCUUAAUUUUAGCUACAAUUUACACUCCUAGUGCUUAACUUUUUACUUUCUUGUACCCCUCUUGAUUUUGCAUUCCUUUUUCAUUUUGGUUUUCCAUUUUUUUUUUUUGUGUUAAUUAGCUCUAAUACACUGAGUUCUGAUUGUACUAGUCUGCAUAUCUACCAAGUUUAUAAAAUUAUUACACAGCUCAACAUGCAUGUCAGCCUCACCAUUUGUGGUUAUUUCUAACUUCCGAAGUGCGUUACAAGCUAUCUAGAAAUUACUUUUUUUGUCCUUUUAAUACAAAUUUUUGGUAAUGUUGUAUUUCUAGUAUAUAAAAUAUUUCUUUUGCUUGGUCCUUGGAUAUGCCAAUGUUCAAGGCAAUGAACAAGCAACUCAGCCACUUUGUUGGCUAUUCAUGAAUUACCAAUUUCCUACAAGGAGUCUACCUACCGACCUGGAGGAUACUACUUUUUCUGACUUUGUACUUUCUCAGCAACUCUGCAAUUAUUGGCAACAAUGUUGGUUCAAGUUAGAAUGCAGUUGUUAUUUAUCAAACCACAACUAGGAUUCUGGCAAUCUUCCCAACACUGUUGGGUUGGGAAACUUCACUCAUUUAUGAAUUAAACUACGAGGCUCACAUAGAUAAAAUGGAGAAACUAGCACCACUGUGUUGACUGCCAAAUUGCACUGUCAGUUCACCAGAUCUUAAUAGAUUGUCCUGUCUAUCAGCAGGCAUGCAGGAUUCGCUUCUGACAUCUACAAUGGCCUAACAUGCUCCAAUUAAUAUCUGACUUGAACAGGGGCUAACCUAUUGCACCACCUAUAAUUUCAUUUUUGCUCACUAACCCCUACCCUUGUACACCCUUACCCCUUGCACAUCCCUACCCAGUGCUGUGUGAAAUGUGGGGGUUUAGCUCUUAAUUUGAUUAUAAUGUAGUAGGUAGGUAAGGUUCGUCAGGAAACAGGACAAAUGUUUCCUGACGCGGGUCUUAGUCAGAUGAUGACCCGCCUUUGGAGCUUUUGGUCAUCUGACCGAGGCCUUCCGCUGGCUUACCGGUCCACCCCUUUAAAAAUUAUGGUCAUUUAUAACCAUGGUUAAUAUAUUAUAAUGUAUUAUUCAAAUUGACCUCGUUGCCGAAAGUCCUGUCUUUGGCGCAAACUCUCUUGCUUUCAAUGGAAAUUAAUCUGUUGCACCAGCCAUAUAAAUUUUACACACUUGCUCACUCCCACCUCUGCCCAUUGCCUCUACCAAUCUACAUUCAACUUCAUAGCUUUACAUGUCAGUGGUGCUCUGGGUCCCAUCUCAUUUAUAUAUGGGUAUAGAGCCAAUGACUUUCCAGCAAAGCUAGUGCAUUUUGCAUGACCAUUAUGUUACUGUAAUUGCUAAUUCCUAAUACCUUUCCAAAACUGUUGAAGGGCUACUUCACUUGCUAUUCAGAAAGUAUACUAUUUUUGCUGGGUCUCUGGCCAUGUGGUGUCUAGGACAAUGAAUUUACACACUUCAUUCUGCAGUCCAGGGAUACACCCUAUUCAGAUUUUUUUUUUGUGAGUGUUCGGGAUCGAUGGAAACGUCACUAGUCCAACUUAGAGGGCACGUUCUGGUUCUUGCAUUGGCUGUACAAGACUGACACAGCUAUCAUACGUGAGGCACACAGCAUCUGUCUGUACCAGGCUUAGUUGACUAAUACCUUUUGCUUAAUUGUACCAUUUAUCAGAGUUCAUAGGAUUCAUAGUCUAUCAGCACCUGGAUGCUUUUGCAUUGCCUGUUCUUUCAAAAAGCCCUACUUUCAGCAUAUAUGUGCACACAUUGAUUCAUUAAGCCCAAUUAACUUUCCUUGUUCGUUCAUAGGUUCACCUGUCACACUUCUUUCCAGUGUAAUUUCUUGAUACUAUGGUUAUAAUUAUAACCUUAAUUUUUACAGGGGUGUACCAGUAAGCCAGCGGAAGCCCUCGGUCACAUGACCGAAAGCUCCAGUUGUGGGUCAUUCAUCAUAUGACUAAGACUCGAGUCUGGAAACACUCUUGCUGUUUCCUGACUAAUCUUACUGAGCCUAAUUACUUCCCUUGGCAAAUGGCUCCCCAAAGCCUGUGGCAUUUUGUGACCCAUAUGAGUUACCUACACUUCGUGAAUAUAACUCACCUAUUUUGUGGUUUACCUGGUUCUGUAUACAACUUUUCCUGUAUAUUAUCCAGGGUGAAAAUUUAAUGUAGUCAAACAUUUCACUCAUAAGAGAGGCUUUAUAAAGUACACUGACUCCUGGUAUAACCAAAUAAGCAUUGUUCUUCCCAUCCUGUAACCACUACUCUGAAAUCUCCAUCCUUACCAGUUACUUCCUGUGCAUAUUUGGGGAGAGUUUUUCCCCAUCAGAAGGGCAUAUUCCUCUCGUCUUAAUUCACCUUCAUUCCACCUUUUAAUAUACUAAGUUCUUGUCAAACAUGUCAUGGGGUCCCAUACAACUAUUGCUGCUGCUUAAGGCCUUAGCCUGGUAUAGGUCUUGAAUGUCUUUCCCUUUCCCCCCACCCCACAGUGAAGGCAGGUUUCUUCCUGUAAUAACUGUUGUGGCAUGACCCAAAUGUUGGCGUUAUGCACGUACGUGAAAUUGAUCGCCAUUGCCAGACCAGUGCUUUCCAACCCAGAAUAACAUCUCAGCUUUGGUGGUCCCCACAAAGGUCACUAACAAUAGUGUAGUCUAAGCUUCUUAAUUCCUUUAUACAACACAUGCUUGUGUACUAAUUCUAUUGAAAUAUGCAUUAAUUCAUGUGCACACAUUACCCUUUCACACUUUUGUGCUGUAAUUAGUUUAUGUAUAGAUUAGUUUUACUGAGUUGCCUUAAUUGAAAUGAAUAUAUUCCCAGAUCUUUACAGAUAAACUGCAACCACUUUUCCCACUGCCUCCUUUUAUUACCAUCACCAUAAAUGGGAUUUAAUUUGGCUAGACAACUAGACCCACAAAUUUAGCAUAAACAAACCAAAUGUAAUCUGAAAUAUAAACCAAACCACAGCCCGAGUGCUGUUGUCCGGUAUUAAUGUCACAGUUGUCUUAAUCUGUAAAUUAUCUAGUAUUUCUAUGCUUUUCACUUCAUCACAUGGGCAUUUAUUUACCUACACCUUAAAAAGGUAGCCACAUACUAAAACUACCCUAAGCAAAGAAUCAGCUCUAGCCAUGAGCCAGGUUCAUGUUACUAAAUUACAUUGUGGUACACCGAGUAAACUUAAGAAAAUACUUUGACACAGCAAAAAGCUCAAUAUCCUUAUUUCUGUCAGGGUGUGCAGAGUUCCUUACCUUUCCUGAUUAUUAUUAUUAUUAUCAAGGGGAAGCGCUAAACCCGGAGGAUUAUACAGCGCCUGGGGGGGGGGAUGUGGAAGGCAUUCAGGCUUAAUUCGGGGAAUUGGAGCACAUCCAAUUUCCUAAAUCAAGAGCCCCUCACCAACAUCAAGGAACCUUCCUUGACGGGACAUUACCUUUCCUGAAAAACAGUAUGAAAAGAGCACUGGUGUUUGAGAAGUAUCAAACAUUUUAGGCAAUGGAGAAUGUUAACAAGAUUGUAGAACUUGGAUGCCAGUAUGACAGUACAUUACGUUCUUUUUUCCUUUGUUGUAAGUGUUCAUUUUUUUUAAGGACAUUAUGAAGUUUUCUAUAAAAUUGUGAAUGUUAUCACUACCAGCAUGUCAUUUUGUGUACAGAUGUUUCAAAUACAGAUGUGUAAAACAAGUAGGGUCAUUUUUCCAGCCACUGCACUCAAAUUUAUAGUGCUAAAAGAGGUCUUGUGUAAAUAGGUUUAAUGAAGUAAACCAAAGUGUUUUAGCGUAUGUCCAGCAAGGCUAAUUGCAGUUGUAGGUAGAUGUGUGAAUGAAGCUUAAUUUUAUGUAUGUAGACAUUUGUCUAAAUUUUUUUAUUGAAUUUUAUUUCAGAUGUGUGAUUGAAAGCUGUUAAAUUUUAUUUUAAAUCUUGUCGGCAAGGAAGCAUAAUGGUUAAUGUUCAAAAUACUGAAGACACUAAAUGUGCUACAGUAAUAGAAUGAAUCUUUGUAUUCAUGUGUACAAUUUGAAGUUAAUCCAAAAAAAAAGACUACUGGAGUGUCUUGCAAGUGAGUUAGAAAACUACAGAAGUUUAUAAUACAAAAUUUCUAUUCUACAUUCCUCUUGAGUACUGAGGUACUCUCCUGCUUGAAUCCAUCCAAAUCAGUAUAGGUCUAACAGGAGGUUUAGAGCAAUCACUUCAAUAGGUAACAAUUGUGCUACUUUUAUCUUUCCUAGUUUCACAAUAAAGAGUACUUAGGAUAACAUCCUAAUGUAGUAAUACCUAGUCAUUAAUAUAUCAAGACUAAUAUCCUGUACAGUACUCAAGCAUUUUAUUUACUAGGCAAGUUCAUGGGAGUGUGAAUACUCAAUAGUACCUAGAAUUUGCUUGCUCUUACACUCCUGUACUGUCAGGCUCAUUUUCAUGAGAAUUUAAGAUGUUACUUGUGACAAACAUCAAUAUAAUUUUAUUUACUAGCAUCCAAAUUUUGGUAUAUCAAGUUUAGUGCCUAUUAUUUGGUACAGUACUUAUUUUAUUUUGUAUAUCCCUUUGCUUGGUAAUAGUCUAAAUUACACUGUGAAAAAUGCACUGGAUGGGUAUAAUUGUAUGCUAGAAUGGGCAGUUUGGUCCGAAUAUAACUUGCUACUCAAAGCCCAUUCACAAAUAAUUUCAGUUUUCUUAAGUGAAAAGUCUUAGGCAUUGAAAAUAAGUAUUGUUCAAACUGUACUUGUAAAACAUUAGAACUCAAUUUUUAUGAAUACUGCAUUAUUUGGUCAUUACUACUUUGCACAGUUUUAAGUCAGUCUAGCCAAAAAAAACAAAAAAAAUUGUACAGUUUCAAUAGCAUUGGUCACAAAUGUCCAAAAUUUAUUAUAUGUCCUUUAAAGACAUUUUAUGUAUUUUCCUAUAUAUUUGUGUAUAAUGAAUAAAUGUAAGUGUCACA